AUGGACCCAGUCAGUCUAGUGGGUCUAGCUGCGUCGGUUGGACAAUUGAUCCAAUUAUCCAUGAGCAUUGUGAAUUAUGUCAAUAAAGUUGCGACAGCUCCGAAAGAGCGGAAGGCUCUCACACUCGAGAUAGUCAGCCUUGUUGGUGUGCUGUUGAGCCUUAAGCAGCGUGCAGAUGCGGCUAAGACAGACCAGGACCCGUGGCUUGCCGCCUUUUCGACUAUCGGAGGGGAAGAGGGAUCUCUACAACAACUCAAGUCGACUUUAGAGUUCCUUAACCGGAAGUUAGAGCCACGGCUUGGAAGGAACCUAAUCUGGGCUUUUAGUGAAUCCGAAAUCAGAGACGCCUUAGCUCGAAUCGAACGUGUGAAGAGCCUCAUAACACUUGUCUUGCAGGAGAACCAUAUGGCCAUAUCGCAGGCUACGAAAGACAGUGUAGGAGGAGUGGAAGUCGGCGUCAUGGAGCUGCGUACUGAAGUUGCCGGUAUCGAGGCCGGAAUUGAGGGCAUAGCAGUGGGUGUUAUGAGUCUGCAAGAUAACUCAAGGGACGAGAUGCGACGCAAUAUCGCUAGCUGGUUAUCACCUCUAAACUUCCUGGGCCGCCAAGAUGAUAUUUUUCGCAGGAGACAAGAGGGCACCAAUCAGUGGUUGCUGAAUUCCCCAGAGUUCAAAGAUUGGGUUAGCGGUGCCAACAAACUCCUGCGGUGCUCAGGCAUUCCCGGCAGCGGUAAGACCACAAUCGCAUCUGUUGUUGUUGAACAUCUCAAGGCCCAUUUUAAAGUCGUCCGCGUCAGCGUCCUUGUCAUCUACUGCAACUACAAGGAGCAGGCAGAACAAACGGUUACCAAUCUCAUUGCUAGUCUUCUGAAGCAGUUACUUCAGAGCGGGGAUGUGGUACCGGAAGACUUGAUUUCCUUGUAUCGCCGCCACAGCGACCGUGACACGCGACCUAGCCUGCAGGACAUAUCCAAGAUUUUGAAGAACCUGAUCAACUCUUAUGAGAAAGUUUUCGUUAUUGCAGAUGCGCUAGACGAAAGUCCUGAGGUCAUGGGUGUUCGCUCAGAACUCGCAGCCGAGCUUCUGCAAUUCCGGUCGUCCAAGUGCAAUAUGAUGAUCACAGCAAGAAAUUACGCUGGUCUUGAAGAAAUAUUCGAAGAUGAUACUAGUAUCGAGGUUAUCGCAACCGAUGAAGAUGUCCUCAAAUACGUGAAUGCUAGGAUUUCUCAGGCCAACCGAAUCGCCAGACAUGGCAAAUCCCACCCACAUUUACUGGACGAAAUCAGAGAGACUGUCGUUAAAAAAGCAAAUGGAAUGUACGUGCUACUUAUCCUAUUUUUCUGA